AUGUCUGGUAACAAGGAACGCGAGAGGGCAGAGAAUAUACGUGAGAUUCAACGCAAUAUUGAACUUGUUCCAACACUUUCAUCGAUCAAAACCAAAUUACAAACAAUCAAAGCUGUUGCUGAAGCAGAUAAAGUUGAACAUCAAAAUAAAGAACAAUCGAUG